AUGCAAGAAGAGUUUCAUCCGAGAGGAAAACCUUCAUACGCACCAGCGGAUCCACAGGGGGGAGGACCCGUUGUCGUGUUCGGAAUGCGGCAAAAGUUUCAUUUGGAAGAGGCAACUGGUCAUACACCAGAGAAGCCACACCGGAGAGAAGUCGCUUUCCUGUUCCGAGUGCGGGAAGAGCUUCAGCGAAAGGUCCAACCUGGUCAGACACCAGAAGAGUCACUCCACCGAGAGGCCGUUCGCCUGCUCACAGUGCAGCAAAUGUUUCACCGACAGAACAAAGCUCAACAACCACCAGAGGACUCACACGGGGGAGAAGCCCUAUUCCUGUUCUGA